CCCCCUUUUGUUUUCUUCUUAACCCUCAGUCACAGGAGGGAUGACGGACCGUGUUAAGGACUGAGACAGGACACAGGGGUUAGGGUCUGGAUCCUCACCCGCUCUCUGCCUCAGUUUCCUCAUCAGCUCCAAAUUUGGCUUUGGGGCCCACGUACUCCGACCUUGCUUAUGCAGACACUUUCCCCGUGCCUCUGUUUCCUUACCUCCAAAGUGAGGGGUUUGUAUUUGCUCCCAAAAAGCAGUGAGCCUUUAAGGGCAGCCCGUUUGUGACAGGAACUUGGGCUUGACUCAGCCCAGAGAUUUCCAGCGAGGGUGGGAUGGACCGUGGGAGUUGGGGUGGAGGUAGGGAGGGCUGGUCCCUCCGGGUCCAGUUCCGAAAAGCUCCUCCCCAGUCCUGUGCUGGCUCGGUGGCGGGGCCCAAGUGGGGAAGAGGGGGCGCCCGCCCCCUGCCCAGCUGGAGGCGCGGCUUAGGGAGGGGUCAGGCCCGGAGGAAGGCGGGUUUCUGGGGCCCGGCUGCGCCUGCGUGGGCGUGAGAGUGCCCUGGGAGGGAGCUUGUGCCCUGAAGUUCCCUGGGCGCUCUGGAGGAAGUAGUGAGCCCGGGAGUUUAGGCUUCAGCGUGCUGUGCUGCGCCGCGCCUGGGGUGGCCCCGGCCCCGCCCAGCGGCUGCACAAACUUUUCCGCUGGGCUGGGCCGGGAACAGAGGCGGGAGGCGGCUGCUGCUGCAGCAGCAGCAGGGCAGCACCGGCUCCAGCGCGGGCACCAGCCAUGAAGGUGCGUGUCCAGGCCAGGUGGGUUUGGCUCAGCAAGGGUUGCGUGCUGCUGGGCGCCCUCACGGUGGCCUACGUGGUGCUGGAGCUGAGCGUGGCAUCGCUCCGGGGUGCCCCUUCUGGGCACAGCCUCACCCCCGGCAGGUGGGACAGCCCGCCGGAAGACCUUGCGCAGCCCCUGUACAAGAAGCCCCCGCCCGACCCCGGCGCCCUGGGCGAGUGGGGAGAGGCCAGCCACCUCCAGCUUCAGGGGGAUGCGGAGAAGCAGCAGGCGGAGGAGCUCACCGAGAAGUAUGCUAUCAACAUCUACCUGAGCGACAGAAUCUCCCUGCACCGCCACAUCCGGGACGACCGCAUGUACGAGUGCAGGCUCAAGAGCUUCGACUACCGCAGGCUGCCCACCACCUCGGUCAUCAUCGCCUUCUACAACGAAGCCUGGUCCACGCUCCUGCGCACAGUCCACAGCGUCCUGGAGACGGCCCCCGCGGUUCUGCUCAAGGAGAUCAUCCUGGUGGACGACCUGAGCGAUAAAGUGUAUCUGAAGGCGCAGCUGGAGACCUACAUCAGCAGCCUGCAGCGAGUGCGCCUUAUCAGGACCAAGAAGCGCGAGGGGCUGGUUCGUGCCCGCCUCAUCGGAGCCACCUUUGCCACUGGGGAGGUCCUCACCUUCCUGGACUGCCACUGCGAGUGCAACCAGGGCUGGCUGGAGCCGCUGCUGGAGAGGAUCGGCCAAGACGAGUCCGUGAUCAUUUGCCCUGUCAUAGACACCAUCGACUGGAACACCUUCGACUUCUACAUGCAGGAGGGGGAGCCUGUGAUCGGCGGCUUCGACUGGCACCUGACCUUCCAGUGGCAGCCCGUCCCGGAGCACGAGAGGAGGCGAUGGCAAUCCCGGACGGACCCCAUCAAGUCCCCCGUCAUGGCCGGAGGGCUGUUUGCAGUCAGUAAAAAAUAUUUCGAGUACCUGGGCACUUACGAUACUGGCAUGGAAGUGUGGGGUGGGGAGAACCUGGAGUUGUCGUUCAGGGUCUGGCAGUGCGGAGGGGCGCUGGAGAUUCACCCGUGCUCCCACGUGGGCCACGUCUUCCCCAAGCGAGCCCCCUACGCCAGGCCCAACUUCCGGCAGAACACGGUGCGAGCCGCGGAGGUGUGGAUGGAUGACUACAAAGAGCACUUCUACAAUCGCAACCCCUUAGCGAGGAAGGAAAGUUACGGGGAUGUGUCCGAGAGAAAACUCCUAAGAAAACGGUUGAAUUGCAAGAGUUUUGACUGGUAUUUGAAAACUGUGUUUCCUGCCUUGCGGGUGCCGGAGGAUCGGCCUGGCUGGCACGGGGCUAUUCGCAGUGUGGGCAUCUCCUCCGAAUGUCUCGACUACAAAACUCCGGAGCGGGACCCCACAGAAGCGCACCUCUCCCUCUUUGGCUGCCACGGACAAGGAGGCAACCAGUUCUUCGAGUACACCCUAAAGAAAGAGUUGCGGUUUAGUGUCCAGACGGAAUUGUGCCUCGUAGCCCCGAAGCAAAAAGAUGCCGUUGGAAUGCAAUACUGCCCCAAGGAGGGGGCCCCUAUUCCCGAAGAGAUGAUUUGGCAUUUUAAAGAAGAUGGAGCCAUCUAUCAUCCCCAGUCUGGCCUGUGUCUCAGUGCCCACCGGACAGCGGAGGGGCGGCCUGAUGUGCACAUGAGAACUUGUAUCAGUGGAGAGAAGAAUCAGAUCUGGAGGUUUGAGAAAUAGAGUGGACUGGGCGGGAGCAGCCUCACUGGAGACUGGAUUUGGUUAAAAAGUCAUUUGAGUGCUGAUCUUGAUCAGAGAUCAUUCCAGGAAAGCCGUUUCCUAUCUAAUACAAGAAACUGGUGGUGGGCCCAGGACCACUUUUCCUGUUACUAGGUGCCUUAUGAACCGAAUUCAUUUACUAAGCCCAACCCUUUUACCGGGAGAGCCCCAAAGGCUUUAAAUUCCUAAACUACAAUUCAAGAAAUCAAAUAUCAGCUGUGUGAGAUACUGCUUAGAAUAAUGCAUAAAUUACUGGCAUUUGAAGAACUUUGCAGUGUGAUUACACUAAAACUGGCCUGGUAAAUAUAAGAUUUUUAUUUCAAGCAUCAAUUUGAACUUUAAAGUUAUUUUGUUGUUGUAGAGGUGGAAGAGUGCAUUAUUAACCUUUGGUUUUUGUUUUUUAAACUCUUAUCACCUUAGAAUCUAUACUAAGUAUGGGUUCCAAGACAGAAAAGUGAUAAGGACUGGGCAGUGGGGGUUAAGUGACUUGCCCAGGAUCACCCACCUAGCAUCAUUAGCCUUUGUUGGCAUAGGAAACCACAGUUCUAGAGCAGAAUUAGGUUAUUAAAUGAUGCAAUUUAAUGCUCAGACAUCUCAAGAAAUCUAUAGGGGGAAAUGGAGAAGUGUCUGAAAUUUUUCUGGAGUCAGUGCAUUUACCUGGUGCCUGUUGGAGCCACUCACUGUGACUUGAUUAAGAAAUCCCAGUGAAUACUCUUACACACAUAUAUACAAGCUUAUUCUCUUGAUGCAGUUUUUUUUUUCAUUUCAUAAAUAGAAGAGAAUCAAAGCAGUUAUUCCUCUUCCUCUUUUUGGUUAAUGUUUAAUCAUUUAAAGUAAACACAGAGGAGAUGGCCCAGAACCCAAGACCAACAAUAUUUACAUGAUGUGAAAGAAAAUACAGUUUGACUAAAAUAUCUAUCUGUAGCACUCUCUUCUCCUUAUGGUUGCCAGUUAGGAAAAUACAUUACUUCUUAGCAAUGCAAUCUUCAAAUCCACUUUCCAUCUUUUCCUAGUUCAACUGCAAAUGUUGAGCCACAUACCUCUCAACUAUGAAGCUUGAAAAGGUUUUGUUUUUUUCUUUUUCUUUUUUUUUAAAUGAGCUGAGCUCAAUUAAGUUUCUAUGUUUUGGUUGGGGAAUGAAUGCUAGCUGUAGUUAGCUGGUCACUGUGUUUAUGUGAUUUUGAUAACUGUUGAAUAAACUUUUUUUUAAUGGAUGAGGAAUGAGAAAUGUUUCCCAAACUCCAUUAUUUGAGAAGCAAUGCAAGCUUUGAAAGUGAGAUUUUGGUUAUUGGUCUUUUAAUUUGUCUUUUUUUCUGUGAGACUCUAACCAACAUGACAGUAAAAGUUCUUUGUUUAUAAAGAACCGAUAUAGACAUCAUUUUCAAACAAGACUCAUACCUCAUUUUUAUUUUUUUUAAGUAGUUUAUCAACUCACUUGGGGGAUACCACUGUUCAACCUUCACUAUCCAGGCUGCCUACAGGACAUCGGUUUGCUUGCAACACUUCCAGCUCAGGUGUACAAUGACACCUGAGGGAAAUUGAUCUCUUCACCUUCUAAAUUGCUAUGCCAUUUUACAGGAAAAUUUCUGGUAACUAGCUGUUCUAGCCAAGGGAAGCUCUGGAGGAAGUCAGACUUCUCUAGGUAUGAAGAGGGAGUAACUUUAUGGAAAGAAACUUGAGGUCUGUGAUGGAAGCUGAGAAGGAGUGCUUGCCUCUCUGAUGGUGGGCCAUUAAUGGAGAACCCUGAGCGGGGUAGCUAGGACCAAUUUAUUAAAUGCCCAUUAAUGUGCCAGCACCAAUGUGCUGAGCUUUGGGGGUUCAAGAGCAAAAGUGAAACAAACUGGAGGGGCUGAACAGCCUUCUUAUCCUUGAUUAACCUUAGCAGAGUGCAGCUCUGUUGUUGUGUGUGACAUGCUGUAAAUUUCAUGUGCCCAGGCACUGGCUAAAGUCAAAUGUAAAUUAUUAUUAUUGUUGUUGACUACCUGAAGUUUGGGUUUCUCUGCACCAUCUGUCUCCUGUGUAUGGACAGCUCAAGUCAUCUCGUGACUGUUUCUAAGUCAGGCUUUCUGCUUAAUAGUUGCUCUGGUGAAGUUUUUGAUGAGAUAGGAAUUUGAAACUGGGUCAGAUUGAGUGUGUGAACUGUGAAUUAACAUCGUGGGCUUCAGAUUUCUACACUAACCUUCAUUAAAAUGGAGAAACUCAAUGUCGGUAUUUUUAAUGAUGAGGACGUGAAUCUCAAGACAUAUUUUCUUGCAGCUGAAUUUAGUUUACUCAGAAGGAUCCAAUCCACUUUAUGUUGGCAAAGAAAACUUUCCUUGGCUGAAGACAAGAGGAAAUUAAAUGGCCUAUAUGUUUGUUUUGUUUGGUUGUCAAUGAAAACUUGUCCUCUGGCCUUUCUUUGAGUUGCUAUUUUGAAUACUUAUGAAAGAAUGUUGAGAUGUUUUAAUAUGUUAUAAAAGGUGAACAAAUGGCUCUCUGUGAUCAGUUAGAAUGUGGACCCAUCUUUUUUUUCCUCUAAUGGUUUUUUUUUUCCCUCUAAUGGUUUUUAAAGUGAUAUUGGAGGGGACAGCUGGGAGUCUCAGGGGAUUGAGAGCCAGGCCCAGAGAUGGGAGGUUCUGGGUUCAAAUCUAGCCUUAGACACUUCCUAGCCAUGUGACCUCUGGCAAAUCAUUUAAUCCCCAUUGCCUAGCCAUUGCUGCUCUUCUGCCUUGGAACCAAUACACAGUAUUUAUUCUAAUAUGGAAAGUAAGGGUUUAAAAAAAAAAGUAAUAUUGGAGGAACAUCAAAUAAACUGUGACCUGGGGAGGGAGGAAUAGAAGCAGGUGUUCUGAUUUAUUCUCAUAGGUUCAGCUGUCACUGAGAGACAUCAAUGAUAGGGUAAUUUUGGCUUCUAAUUCUCUUAUUCAUUCAUUCAGUAUAAAUAUUUAUUAUAUACCUGUCAUGACCCAGGCCCUGUGCUAAACACUGAGGAAAUAGAAAGAGCCAAAAGAUAGUCCCUGCCCUCAAGGAGCAUGUAAUCUGUUGGGGAAGACAACACACAAACAAAUCUAUAUGAAGCAAGCUAGACACAGGAUAAAUGUGAAACCAUGAAGAGGAGGGGGGGCUUCCAGUUGACAGAGUUUGAGUUGAGACUUUAGGGAGCCAAGGCAGUUAGUAGCCAGAUUAGGGAAGGGAGAGCAUUUCAGGCAUGGGGACAGCCUGAGGGAAUUGCCUGGAACCAAGAGAUGCCGUGUCUUGUUUGGUGUCACAGGAUCAAGGAGUAUGUGUCACAGUAUAAGGUGUAGGAAGCCUGGAAAGGUCGGAGAGGGCUCGGUUCUGUAUUUUGAAGGCCAAAUAGAGAAUUUUGUACUUUAUCCUGUAGGGAGCCAUAGGAGUUUGCCAUGUGAGGAGGUGACAGGAUCAGACCUGCACUUUGGUGGCCAAAUAGAGGAUGGAUCGGAGCAGGGAGAGACUUGAGGCAAGCAAUCCCACCAUUCAGCUGUUUAUUGCAAUAACCCAGGCAUGGAGUGAUGAGGACCUGCAUUAGAGUGAUGGCAGUGUCAGGACAGAAGGGAAUGUAUAUAUGUAUGAGGGAUAUUGCAGAGGGGAAAUCCACAGGCCUUGGCAACAGAUUGGAUAGGAGGGUGGAGGGAGUGGGAAAUAGUGAGAAGGCCAAGAUGACUUUUAGGUUGUGAGCAUGAGAGACUGGAAGGAUGGUGUUGCUCACUACGGUAAUAAGGAAGGUGGAGGAAAAAGAUAAUGCAUUCUGUGUGGGACACAUUGAGUUUAAGAUGUCUACUGGACAUCCAGUUCUAGUUAUCUGAAAGGCUGUUGGAGAGGCGAAAUUGGAGAUCAAGAGAGAUACUGGGGCAGGAAAGAUAGAUUUGAGAAUCAUCAGCAUAAAGAGAGUCAUUAAAUCCUUGGGAGCUGAUGAGAUCACCAAAUAAAGUAGUAGGGAGGGAAAAACAAAGAGGACCCUCAGGGACACCUAUAAUGACAGGGGGCUGAUCUGGAGGAAGCUCUAGCAAAGGAAGGACAGAGAAGCAGUGGUCAGAUAAGUAGGAGGAAAACCAGGAGAGUGGUAUCCCCAGAAAAGCAAGGAGGAGAGAGCAAUCAGCAGUGUCUAAGGCUGCAGAGGGGCAAAGAAGAGAGGAUUGAGAAAAGACCAUUAGAUUUGGCAGCCAGGAGAUCAUUAGUAACUUUAUAGAGAGCAAUUUUGGUAGAAUGACAAGUCAGUUUUUAAGAAUGAGAGGAGAGAGUAAGAGAAGCCUCUUCAAGGAGUUUGUCUGCAAAAGGUAGCAGAGAAAUGAAGAUAGUUAUUGGGUACUGAAGGAUCUAGUGAGAGCUUUUUCAAGCGAGGAGAGAUGUGGGCUUGAUUGUAGGCAAUAGGAGAAGAGCCAGGAGAGAGGGAAAGAUUGAAAAUAAGUGAAAGAGUAAGGAUAGCAGAAGGGGGGACAAUCUAUUGGAGGGGCCAAGAUGAAAUGGGAUCUGGAAGAUAUAGGGUAGUUAGGUUUUGUGAUUUUCUAAAACAUUAUUAAUCACUGAUUAAUUAUUGAGCUCCUGCUGUAUAGCCUCCAUGGUAUACUGAGUGAUGCUCAGUAUUUACAGGGUGGGAUCUUGCCUUAUUUGCAUUUGUAUCUCCAUCCUGUCACUGUCCCUUGCACACAGUAGGCAUUCAGCAAAUGUCAAAAUGAAUGAUUGACAUUUACCACUCCACCUUUUUGAUAAAUGACCCUCCAGGAGCACAGUACCCUUGUUAUGCUUAUCAGCCUCAAGCCUCAAGUUCUGUGCUUCUUGAGGCUUAUGGAUUGGGGGCGAUUUUUCUCCUUUUCUUUUUCUAAUAAAAAAGGCUUUUCAUUAGACAAUUCAUAAACCCUAGGAUGUGACCUUUGGUGUGGGGCAAGGGGCAAGAGGAGAGGUGGCAAUAAGAGAGAAAGCAGGAGGUCAGAGAGGGAGAACAAAGAAAAUCCCUGCAUGCAUCACCAUCACCAUCACCAUGGACUUCCUAAAUUUAAAAAAAAAAAUUCCGGAUUACAUGUCGAGACAAUGUUCAGUAAUCAUUUUCUGACAUUAUACAAUCUCUGCUCUCUCCCUUCCACUCUUCCUUCUGCCCUCCCCAAAUCACCAGGUAAUAUGAUAUAGGUUGUACAUGAAUCACCAUUACUUUGUAAAUACGGAAAGAGCUGAUAAGACUCAGAAAAAAACAACCCUCCCUCCCAAAAGGCUUUUCAUUAGACAAUUUCAUGGACCUUUAGAUGUUGCCUUUGGUGUUGGUAAGGGGAGGGGUGGCAGCCAGAGACAAACCAGGAGGGGAGGGAGGGAGAAUAGAGAAAAUCCAGUCAGACACAGGUGGGCUUGGCUUCCUGGAGAAUUAAGGGCACAAUUAUCCAGCCUCUCUCCAGGGUCCCAGGAUGCAGAAGAAUUCCUGUAGCAGGGGAGAAGCUCCUUAACUGAACAGUUUGGGGUCUGCUGCCCAGGGUCCCUUGGACUCCCUUUUUUUUUUCUUUUUUAAACCCUUACCUUCUGUUCAAUUCCAAGGCAGAAGAGUGGUAAGGGUCAGGUAAUUAGGGUUAAGUGACCUGUCCAGGUCCAGGUCACACAGCCAGGAAUUAUUAGAUUAGAUUUGAAUUUAGGAUCUCCCAUCUCCAGACCUGGCACUCUUAUCAAUAUCAAUAUUCUUUGGAUUUGAUUGUUCAAACACAUAUGACUACCUAACUCUUCUCACUUAGCCUACUUUUCUCCAUUUUGUUUGUUAAAAUAUCAAAAGAUUUUUUUUGUCAAGUGCCUACUGAAAUCCAGAUUACUGUGUCACCCCCUUGAUCAAUCAACCUAGUCACCUUACCAAAAAAAUAAAAUAAAAUUGCUUUGGUAUAUCA